AUGGCGUGGAGGAGUAAUCUGUCUAAGCAACUGAAAGAGCUUCGGAUCCUCUUCUCUCCAUCAUCACCAGCCAGUUCUUCCACAAGAGCAUUCAUCGAGAACAAUUACAAGGAUCUCAAGAAACAUAACCCCAAGCUUCCAAUUUUGAUCCGGGAGGCCAGUAAUGCCGAGCCUCAGCUUUGGGCUAGAUAUGAUAUGGGAGUUGAGCGGGGCAUAAGAUUGGAAGGCAUGUCCGAGGCUCAGAUCUCAAAGGCAUUAGAGGAUCUUGUUAAAGUCGGGGAAGCCUUAAAAUCCUGA